GCCCCGCCGGGCGGAUAUCCGGCCUGCUCCGCUUCACAGCCGUCGGGGCAAUGGCGCUGUGCGAGGUGGGCUGCGGGAGCGCUCUGGUGUGGCCUCGGGUGUUGCUCUUCGGAGACUCCAUCACCCAGUUUUCCUUCCAGCAGGGUGGAUGGGGAGCAUCACUGGCUGACAAGCUGGUCAGAAAAUGUGAUGUUUUGAAUCGUGGAUUUUCAGGCUAUAAUACCAGAUGGGCCAAAAUUAUCCUUCCAAGAUUAAUCAGGAAAGGGAACAUUUUGGACAACCCAGUAGCAGUUACAGUUUUCUUUGGUGCCAAUGACAGUGCGCUAAAAGAGGAGAACCCCAAGCAGCACGUCCCCCUGGAUGAGUACGUGGUGAAUUUGAAGAGCAUGGUGCAGUACCUGCGGUCUGUGGGCGUCCCCGAGGACAGGGUCAUCCUCAUCACGCCGCCCCCGCUCUGCGAGGCCGCCUGGGAAAAGGAGUGCCUCGUGCAAGGUUGCAAGUUAAAUCGCCUGAAUUCGGUUGUUGGUGAAUACGCCCGUGCGUGCCUACAUGUGGCCCGAGACUGUGGGACUGACGUGCUUGACCUGUGGACCCUGAUGCAGACGGAGGGUCAGGACUUUUCAUCCUAUUUGUCAGACGGGCUACACUUAUCACCAAAGGGAAAUGAGUUUUUGUCCUCACAUCUCUGGCCUUUGGUAGAGAAGAAAGUCUCCUCCCUCCCGUUGCUGCUCCCUUACUGGCGGGAUGUAGCAGAGGCCAGGCCGGAACUCAGUCUUUUGGGAGACGGGGACCAUUAGUCACAGAUGAAACCCAGGCUGGCUGUUUCUUUACAGCACAAGACGUCACCAUGCACAGAAACCCCCAGAUAAGCAAUCAAAGAAUAUUAUUUUCUCCUGACUGUGGAACAAAAAACUCUGACGUUUGCUAACAAGUUUAAUAAAAGCAUAAUUUUUCAGGAA